GUGCUGGGAAAUAAAUUCCAACUCUUUACAUUGCGUUUCGGAAAAUGUCUUAUAGCCAAAAAAGUAUUUUUGCAUGUACUCCAGCUACUUCUCGUGGUCAGGCCGCUCAGCUUGGAGUUGACCCAAAAGGAGAAAAUUUUCUUUAUACGAACGGCAGAACCGUUUUCAUCAGGAAUUUAGCUAAUCCAGUCAUUGUAAAGGAAUAUACUGGUCAUUCAGCAAAUACCACAGUUGCACGUUAUUCUCCUAGUGGUUAUUACGUCGCAUCUGGAGAUGUUCAUGGAAAUGUUCGAAUUUGGGAUGCGAUUCAAGAUGAACAUAUUUUGAAGAAUGAGGUUAAAGUUAUUGCUGAUAGGAUCAAUGAUAUUAGUUGGGAUUUCGAGAGUAAAAGAAUAAUUGCUGUCGGUAAUGGCAAAGAAAGACAUGGUCAUGCCUUUUUGUUUGAUACAGGAUCAUCAGCUGGAGAGAUUGGUGGCCACUCCAAAGUUAUUAAUAGCGUUAGCAUUCGGCAGAAACGACCUAUGCGUGCUGCCACAGCGUCUGAUGAUUUUACAGUUGUAUUCUUUCAUGGACCACCCUUUAAACAAAAAACGACAAUAAAGGACCAUUCAGGAUUUGUCCAAGGGGUUAAGUUUUCACCUGAUGGUAGCAACCUCGCAACUGUUGGUUCAGAUAAAAAGUUAUUUUUAUAUGAAGGAGAAGGAGGUGAAAAACUCGUUGAUCUUUCCAAAGUUGUUGGAAAAGAUUCUCAUAACGGUGGUAUUUUUGCUGUAUCGUGGUCUCCUGAUAGUAAACAAUUGCUCACAUCAUCAGGAGAUAAAACAGUAAAACUUUGGGAUGUUGAAGCGCAAAAAGUUGUUCAAACGUAUGAAUUUCCCGAUGUUAUUGAAAAUCAGCAAGUUGGGAAUUUGUGGGUUGGAGAAUUCCUUAUUAGUCUCUCAUUGUCUGGAGAACUUAAUUAUUUAGAUCCAAAGUCUAAUUCUAUUUCGAAAGUGGUCAAAGGUCACCAAAAAGCCAUUACUGCUUUCGCUAGAUAUGACAAAGAUAAUACAUUAUUUACUGGAAGUUAUGAUGGAAAAAUUUAUGCCUGGAGCGGAGAUGAAGGCAGUGCUGCUUCAGUUGAUGGUGAAGGUCAUACAAAUCAAAUUUGUCAAAUGAUUACUUCGAAUGAUAAAAUAAUUUCUAUUAGUAUGGACGAUACUCUUAGGAAUAUUAAUGCCGAAACCAAGAAAUUCAGCGAAUCAUUUGCGAAGACCAAUGGAUUACCGAGGGGAUUUGCUAUGAAGGAUGAUAAAAUCUUUCUAGCAACUACUAAAUGUAUCGAAAUUAUUAAGAACGAUAAAGCUAUAUUCACUCUAGAGGUUUCAAAUGCCCCUACUGUUAUUGGAAUUAAUUCGGAUGGUUCUUCAGUAGCUGUUGGUAGUGAAGAUUCAAAAGUGACACUUUAUAAAGUAAAUGGCGAUAAACUUGAAGAGAAGAAAGUAAUUACUGGCAGAAGUUCCAUAUCGGCUAUUGCAUAUUCUCCUGAUGGAUCGUUAUUAGCUGUAGGUGAUGCGCAAGGAAAAAUUACGGUUUAUGACACUAGUAAUCACGAGGUUAAAAUUUCACAAUGGGUAUUUCAUACGGCAAAGGUUAACAGUAUUGCGUGGUCACCGGAUGGACUUCAUGCGGCUAGUGGAUCAUUGGAUACUAAUAUUUAUAUAUGGAGCGUAGAAAAACCAAUGAAAAACAUUGCUAUUAAAGGCGCACAUCAAGUAUCAGUAACUGGCGUAAUAUUCUUGGACAAUGAUACAAUAUCUUCAGUUGGACAAGAUGCUUGUGUAAAAACUUGGACUAUUAAACAUCAUCAAGUUUAAAUAUAUAUCUACUGUAAAUUAACUACUUUAUUCUUAAAAUUCUUAAAAUGAAAUAAAGUCAUUAUUUAUUUAAGAAAUAUAUUU